UCACGGUCACGGUUGGCAUUCGAGGCUGAACAACAACAGGAAUGUCCUAGUUUAACAGAAAAAAGAAAUGUCUACAGUGGCACAGUGUGUCUCUGGCUACGGCCAGGGAGCGGACACAUCCGCUGUGCUCACAAAUCAUUCAAAGUACAUCACCAUUAUCGCCGACGAACCGUAUUUUUCGCGGCAUACAAGAUCUAGAACAUUUCCACAAGCGCGACACAGAAAGGGAACAAGACCAAUGCACAAAACCACGCUAACGUAUGAAGUCAGACCAGUUCAAACUUCGUAUGUCAGCUGUAUGAAGUCGAACUUUUCCGGACAAAAGAAUUUACAACCCAGUAGAAGACCCCCACCCUGUCCAUCUCUGCACACGUCACAGUUCAGUAUUGGAAUUGUACCCGAACACGAUCUUGUGACACAUUCUAAGAAGACAUUUGUAAGGCACCAUACUAGUCCAGCCAAAGAAAUUCAUGAGGAUAACAUUAGAUGGAACAGACAGAUGGCAGGUGUUGAUAUGAUUCAAUCAACAAGACAGCAGGGUUCUCAGGAGAUGAACUUCUCAACUACUUAUUGCAAUGUACAUGAUUUCCUUGGAACUCAACGAGGUCCAGGGGUUAGGAGAAUUCCAACAAUUCCUUUUUCUCAUAACAUCAUCACAGGUGAACCUCAGUCAAGUCCGUUGGGAGAUGACUUUAGACUUACAUCUGGGAACAAAAUUCUGCACCGUGCUCGGCAAAGCCAUGGAGAAUCGUUAAUUCUUGGAUAGCAACCCUCAAUCCAAUCUACUUAACAAUGAAGAAUGAUACAAAUUUACACUUUAACACUUGCAGAUCGAUGCCUUCUUACUUAAUGGUCUUAAAUAUUGGGGACUUAACAGCGUUGGACUUGGUCGUUUCAUUGUAUCAUGUUUUUCACAGGCCUGUUGUAAAUUUUCUAGCAAAAUUGUGUAAGUGCAAAACAGAAAAAGUAAGACAUGCCAUUUUAUGAAAUUUAGUAUCUUUUUUUCAGAUUUGCAAAUUGUUGAAUGUAAAUUAAAAUGUAUAUUUUGUAAGUCUUUUGAAAGAAAACGUGACAAAAAAAUUCUCAAAUUUUUAAAACUGACGUGAAACACUUCGAGAAAGUUGUAAUUCUCUUAUUUAUGGAAUUAUAAAACCAAAAGAUUGGGUGCUGAA